AUGGGAAAAAGACACGUUCGGAUCAAGUUUGCACAUUCCAUUGGUCCGCCUAUUGAUUUAAACAAGUUGGAUUCGAGGUCGAAUCCCUUGUUGUCAGAAGAACCCAAGGAACAAAAUAAUAAUAACUUACUGAGUGUAGCAGGAGGACAAGCUACUAAGAGUGCCGCUGCUAAUGGCACAGCGAAACCUAGUAAGCAAAGA